AAUUUUUUUUCCAGAGAGAGGGAGAGGGAGAAGAACAUCUCCGAUUAUUUUGUAAUUCGGAUGAAUGUGAAUCUCUCCCACUCUCUCUCGAGGCUUAAUCAUGGUUCCAAGUUUAUCUGGAGGAGAUUUUUCGUUUCUGGAGGAGUUCGACAUUGAUUUCGAAUUCGAUGCGCCUCGUUUCUACGAUUUCUCCAGACCCGAGCUUGAUUCCGAGACAGAAGAAAACGAGUUCUGGUUCGAAUCCGCGGGAAACUAUCCUCCUUCGCCUUUUAGCCCCAAGUUUACUUGGAAACUUGAGCCACUUAAGCAAAUCAUAAACACCAGCCUAGAAACUAAGCCUGUGGAUACUGGUCUUAAUAGAAAAGACAAAUACAACGGGUUCAUAUAUUAUAACCAAACGGUUAAAGAUGUCUCCAAGACAAAACCCAAAUCAAAAACCAAAUCAAGUAGAAGCUCAACUUUAACAAGACCAACGGUUUCUUUGCUUGCAAGGCAGAACAAACCAUUAGAUGUUUACUCUGUUCAGCUUCUGACAAGAUGUCAGAGGUCAUUAGCAAAGUUUGGUGCUAACUUAUCUCCAAUCUUAGUCUCUAAGUUGCAAAACCAAGACACCAAAAGGCAAAAACUGGAAGCUAAGGUGGCUCAAGUUAACUCCAACAGAAGAUCUAAACUCACUGUUCCAAAGGAACCGAAUCUCAGAACUGCUGAAAGAUCUGAAAGACACAGGUCUAAGGUUAACUCAGAAACCGAACAGAAUGUGAAACCAAGGAUUAACUCAUCUAAAAAGGAACACUACAAACAAAAACCAUCUAUACCUAAAAGUAACACUCUACGGUCUCAAAAUCUUAAGAGUUUUCUGCAUCAGGCAUUUGGUUCAAGAACAACAUUGAGAGCAAAGGAACGCUCUUCAAGUGCUAAGGUUGAUGCCUCACAAGGGAAUGAAGCUACUAACUCCAGAACGCUUAAACCCAUCGAUUCCUCAAAAGGGAGGAGAGACAAAGGAAAUCACAGCAGAAAGAUACACUGCCAAGUGUAUGAAUCUAAUAUUUGCACUCCAAACUCAAAGGGUCAUAUGGAAGCCAUUAACUUCGAAGACUAA